AUGUCUGAAAAUCUACUCACCGUAUUGGACUAUUUGCGUAUGAGUCCUAAUUCUCAGAGUUUAAUGUGCUCUCUCUUUUCAAAAGUAUUUCUUCUCUCCACUGAUAAAGAUGCUGACGAUGAUGAUGGCAAUAACAAUUACAAAAUUACAAAUCUUGCACAAGAUUGUAAACAAGCAUUGAAUGAAAAGUUGGGAAAACAAGUAUCGGAAGAUUCACAAUUUUGGAGUGAAUUAAUUGAUGAUUUUCGUAAAUUGAUAAAUGAUCAACAAGAUUUGGAUCAUCGGAAUGAAAAUUCAGAUUUUGAAUUAUUUCCAUCACUCACUAGUAAUGAUGACGAUUCGAAUCUUGCUGAAGAUGAAAUUGAGAUGAAGAAUGAAAGUAUUAUGAGAAAGAUACCUAUUGAAAGAAGAUGGAAGAUCGAAAGCAAGUUAGGAAAUUGUUUGGAUAAUUUGGAACAAGUAAUUGAAAAGAUUGAAAAUUCGAAUCAUGAUGAAAAUAGUUUAAUUGAAAUAUUGCAAGAUUUAUUUAAUAUUUAUGAAGGAGAAAGUGAAUUUAAGCAUAUUUUCCGUAUAUCCAGAUGUAAUAGGAUUGAAAAACCACUUUUAUUUCACAAAAUUAUGGAAGAAUGCUUGGAAAUUUAUUAUUGUCAAUCUGAUAACAAUCAAUUGGAGAAAUUGACAAGAGUUGUAAAUCUCUUCAAGUUUUUCAAUGAAGUUUUCAGAAUUAGACAUUUAGAUUUAUGCUCAUUGAAGAAAUUCCUUCUCUUCCAAGUAGAACAAUUUCUUCCAAUCACUUUAUUAUUCUGUUUUUCAUAUCAUUACCUAUUAAGAGAUGCUGUAUUCGAGUUGUUGAAGAAAUUAUCAGAUUUCCCAUGUUUGCAAGAUGGAUCUACAUUGGAAAUUAAGGAAAAUGAUUUGGAAUGGUUCAAAAUAAUCCCAGAGAAGCAAUUAAUUAAUGCUAGUUUGACUUUAUAUGUCGAUCUCACUGAUUGCAAUACUUGGAUGGACAAGUUGGGUGAGGAAACUUUCAAAACACGUUUUCUUUCAAUUUCUUAUGGAGAAGCUCAAGCCAUUGUAAAGGAAUACGAAAGAUGGUUCUUUGGAUCACAAACACAGAGUGAAGAGGAAGAAAUUUUGAAAGGAUUAGCCAACAGAAUCAAUCAAGUGAUGAGUGAAUUUCCAAAUAGAGAAGCCUUUGUUAAACUUUCACAUCGUUCUCCAAAGGAUGCUGCUUUCAAAGUCAAUCAAUAUGAUGCCAUGGUAGAGGAGAUGGUCAAACAAUGGAGUGAGCUAUAUUCCUUGGAGGUAGAUUCAAGUGGAGAUCGACUUUCACUCAAACAUGAAAAGUAUCAAUCGGCCAUAACUCAAAUAUGUGCUCAGAAAUGUAUGAAAGUCAAAUCAGGAGAGGAUUUUAUCAAAUUAAUGACUAUUAGUUAUAGAUCUCAUGUUGAUUUAUCAGUUUCAUUGGGAAGUGAUGCAGUUCAACAUCAAAGUAAUGAAUCAAUGCCCAUUCAAAUUGUGAUCAGUUUUGCCUCGACAGUUGAAGUGAUGGCAACACAAUUGACUGAACAUCAAUUUGCAUUUCUCGUGCAACAGGUUAAUAAUACAUUGUCUGAAUUGGUCAUCUCAUCAGAAACUUCCAAAAACCAAAUGAAAAUACAUGUCAGUCAGAAUACUUCUGAUUACGAUCAGUUAAAUUUGGAUUUAUUGCAAUUCGUAAAAAGUGAGACGAAACUUCAUCCAAUUGUUGAAGCUGUAAAACUCUAUAAUUUUGAGGGAUAUGGAAAUGGGUUUGUUACACCCAAAGAGAAUGUCAGACCAUUCAUCCUCAUUACAACUCGACCAAUUUUUGACACUUAUUAUAUUUGUGAUUUUGGAGCUAGUUCUGUCGUUUGUCCAAUUUUACUAAGUCAAGUUCCAACUUUUGAAACAGGACAAGUCAAGAAAAUUGCUGCUAAAUAUCCAGAUACUCCAAUCUUUAGCGAAACAUUCAGUAGUCCUGGAGUUCCAGUGAUUUUAAUUUCAUUGGUCAAUUCGUUCAGGUUGGAAAAUUCAACUCGAGUUUUUGAUUGGAUUCAUUAUUUGGAUUUCAGUACGACAACCUUUUCGUGGUUUCUGAAAGAAUCGACUGAUUCGAUUGAUGGUGCAAUUGCUUUUAUUUUGGAAGGUCAAGUUGAGAAGAAAAUUGUUGCAAGGGAUGUAGAAACUGCAAAUUUGGACACAAUCAACACAAUUAAUAAUACAGAAGUUAAACAUGUUUACAAUGAAAUUAGUCAACUCUAUCCUGGAAUUAUGAAUAUUUCUUGUAAUGUCAUGUUGGGGGUUAAUUCUGCAACGAGAAGAAAUGCAAUUUUCAGAUUAUGUACCUCCUCUAAUAUAGAUUGGUUAGGACUAAUCAAUAAGGAUAUUACCUUUAUGAGAUUGUAUAUUGAGAAUUUGAAUGAAUUAUUUGGAAAUUUGAACGAUGUUUCGAAUACUCUUACCGAAUUAUUCACCACGCUCCAAUCUUGGUCCAAUAAGAGCGGAUCUUUCAUGGGUAAUAUUGAAAAUCAAUGUAUUACAUUUUCAUGGAAUUCCAGUUUUGAUUGUAAAGAUCAUUCAAAGAAGGCAGCCGAUCAAACAAGACAAUUAAUUGAAAGAACAAAGAAGAUUAAUAGCAAGGUCAAUUUGAGAUUUUCAAUGUUGACUGAAAAAUGUUCAGUUGGAAAUAUUGGAACUGAAAAGAUGAAAAACUUUACAAUUUUUGGAAAUUACAAUGCAAAUCUUGAUAGAAUGAUUCAACAAGCGAUCAAAUUGAAUAUUCCAAAUUUAGUGAGUGAGAGCGUUUAUAAGGAAAAUGCUCAAAGCUUUGAGUUUAGAUUUGUAUGUGAAAAGGAGCUGGUGAAAGAUACCGAUUCCUUCUUCUCACUUUCUGAUAAGAUUAAAUCGAAGGAAUGUGACCUGUUUGAAAUGGGAAAUCAAUUGAAAGUUCAAAUGGAUGGAACAGAAGAUACUCCUGCUAUGAUAAACCAACAGCCGUAA